AAACUACAAUUGCGAUCACAACAACAACAUAUAUUAACCAUGAAGAUGGUGGACAAAUCGUCCAAAUUGAUGGAUAAAUUUGUCUCAAGUGGCAGCGGUGGCAGCGGCUCAGCCUCUGCCUCGGCGGGCAACGCUGCAUCAGCCACAUCGGCGGGAUUAGGCAUCGGUGGCAUCGGGGGCAUUGGCGGCAUCAUUGGUGCAGCCAGCGGCAGCAAUAUGACGACAACAAACAAUGGACAGAAGCCGGUGCCCAUGAAACUGUUUGCUGCCUGGGAAGUCGAUCGUACGCCGCCCAAUUGCAUACCAAGACUCUGCUCGUUGACAAUAACGCGUCUGUCCAUCCUAACACCGUUGCCGGGAGACACCACAUCGCUGUCGCUGGCUGUCAAGAUGCAGAGUUCGAAGCGAACGCUGCGCAGUCACGAGAUACCCAUCAAUGGCAGUGCACUGACAUCUGCGGCAUCCAGUCGCGAGAGCUCGUCGUUGCAGGGCAACUCGCCGCUGGCCAAUGUGAUUGGGGGCUCGGGGAUGAUUGGCACGCCGGGCAAUGUGGGUAAUGCGGGCAUUGGAACUGGUAUUGUGCCACUGACCGAAACGGAACUGGACUUGCACUUUAGUCUGCAGUAUCCGCACUUCAUCAAGAGAGAUGGCAAUAGACUGGUGAUUUUGUUGCAACGCCGCAAGAAAUAUAAAUCGCGUACGAUUCUAGGUUACAAGACACUCGCCGAGGGCAUUAUACGAAUGGAUGCAGUGCUACAGAAAUCAAUGGAUAUGAUCAUUGAGCUGACCGCAUCUGGCAAGAACGGUCGGCCCGGCACUGUGGUUGCCUGCCUGCGCGCCGAGCGCGUCUCCUCCAUUCCAGUUGACCAUGACAAUAAGAAUAACAACAGCGUGCUGCUGGCAGAUCGCGUUGCUGAGUACUCGGACGAGGACGAGGAGGCUGAAUUCAGUUCUGGUGAAUUUAACGACGAGUCCAACGAGCUGGCAAUAACGGGUUACGAUCAGAAGCGUGACUAUAAUCCGGCCAAGCAUGAUAUGCGCAAGUAUCGCAACAAGCUGCAAAGAUCGGGCAUUGAGGAUAUCGCAAUAGUUGGCCAUCAUCAGCAUCAGCAUCAUCAUCCCGUCGACAGUGACAGCGAGUUCGAGAUGAAGGACAAGAGUUCAUCCCGUGCCAAGUUCAGUCGGACAAUUUCACUGCAACAACGCAACUUUAAGCAGAAAAUUGUCGCGCUGCUGAAGCGAUUCAAGGCCAGCGAGGAGCUGGAGAAUGAGACACACAGUGGCACCGCCGCGCUGCGAGGCGAGCGCGAUUUGGAUGCACUAUUUCAGGAGCUGGAGUCGCUCUCGUGCUGCGAGGGCGAUGAUUCUGGGCCGGAUAUGGACAGCAUAUCGGUUGGAUCGACGCCAAAGCCGUCGCUGCGUCCGUUCUUCACCAACUCACGGAUCAUGCUGCACGACAGUCUCGCCGGCAAUGGCAGUGGCGCUCCAGGCAGCGGCAUCGGUGGUGGAACGGGAAACUCUGAGCGCCGAUCAUCGGAUAAGAGCGACCAAUUGACCAAUUCAUCUUACAAUAUUGAAAAUAACAAAAACCAAAAAUGCAUUCAUUUAACAAACAAUAACAAUUCGGCUACAACACCAGAUCGCACUGGCAAUGAUAGUUCUGGUAAUGAGGAUGGCUCCGAUCCGCAGAAUAGUCCGCCACGGGACAAGGACUAUCUGCGCCAGCAACAAUAUCAACAGUUGACACCAGUUAGCUCCGUCACCGGCAACAUGAGCAGCACCGGGAUUACUCCCUCGCAGGCACCUACCGAGAAGCGUUCACGCCUCUUUCGCACCUCGAGCAAUACGCCGGCGAUGGGCACCGCUAGCGCCGGCAGCGGAGUCGGCGGCAACUUGGCGAACAACAGCAAUGCGGUGGGCAAGAGGAAGCACACGCUGAGCCUGAGCAAUGAGCCGCGUUCGGCCCUGGAGGCGUGCCUAUCGCCUACAAAUGUGGAGCCGCGCAAGUUGCUGCUUGAUCAGCUAAGCCGCGUGUUCGCCGGCGACGACAAUGUCAUACCCGAGGUACUGACCAUCAUAAGUCCGCCAGAAGCGUUGGGCGGCAGCACACUGCUGGCCAAGCUCGUCAACCUGUUUGCCAACUCCUUCAAGCCGGCCUUUGUGCCACAAAACACGGCCGAGGUGAAGGCUGUGCUGCAGGCGCUCAUGGCUAAGAUACAGAAGUAUUGCAAUUCGAAUGCCAAGCCGCCGCACACGGUCAAGGUGCUCCUCAUUGGCGGCGACUGGCUGCAGGGCGCAACGUUGCGACAUUAUGUGGAGCUAUUGGGAGUUCGCCCACCCGACUGGUUGAAUCAUUUGCGCUUCUAUUUGGUGCCUAUUGGCGGUGGCAGCAGCAACGGCAGCGUGGCACGUCAUCUGAGCCAAAUGGAUCAGGCCUAUGCCGCCAUGUUCGGCUCAGAGAACUGGUCGCAGCUAUGCGAACGCUCGGCAGCCACAGCGGCAGCAGUUAGCGCUGUGACCACUGUGAAUGCCACAGCUCUAACGGCCAAUCUGGCCGAUUCGGCAUCUGUGUCCAAGUCAGAUAUUGCGGAGUUGGUGCAGCGUAUUCAGCGCUAUCUGCAUGCGGCCGGUCCCUGCACACAGAUACCCAUUGCCGAGGCGAUGGUCAACUAUAAGGAUGAGGACUCAUGCCAGAUUUUUGUGCCGUUUGUCAGCGAUGUGCGCAUUGGAUAUUUGGAUGGUGCACAGGCCUCACUGGAUCUGGAGGAGAACAACGCCUCCAAUGUGACUGGCAGCUCAGGCAGCGGUGGCUCAGCAAAUGCUUCCAGCCAGCCCAUACCCAUUGGCAGCCAGAGCACACCCAAUGUAUAUGGCAUCGUGUCAGGUUCGCCGCCACAGCAGCAACAGCAAAUGGGCCUGGGACAGGUUCAGAACAUGGGACGCAUAUCACCGCCGUUACAGACGCCACCUUCGUCGGGCUCAUCGCAUCGCGAGCGUGGCGCCAGUGAUGCCCUCAAUACGCCCUCAACUAUGCAGGCGCAGGCGUUCAGUGGAGCGCUGUCUGCUGCUGAGGCUGUCGAACUGCAGGUGGACUACUGGCCGCUGGUGCGGCCCGGUGAGUCGCAUCUCAAGGAGUCAAAGGGCGGUACGUCGCGCGGCGGCGACUCUGGCGGCGGCAAGAAUAGCAUUAAAAGUACGUUUAGGAAUCUGCAGGUGUGGCGCCUGCCACAGCAUGCACAGCAAAUGGGUGAUAUGUCCAAUGGACUGACUGUUAGCUUCGCCACCAAGGAGAAGAAGCAAAAGCAAAUUAUGCGCUUGGGCAAGAAGAAGGACAAGGAGCGUGAUCUCGAAAAAGAGCAGUGUGUUGAGGGUGUGGCACGUCUCAUUUGCUCACCCAAACAGUCGCAUCCAGUGCCACUACGUGUUUAUAUCGAUGGCACCGAGUGGACUGGCGUCAAAUUCUUCCAGCUAUCGUCGCAGUGGCAAACGCAUGUGAAGAACUUUCCCAUUGCGCUCAUUGGCUGCACGCCCAUGUCGUGUGCUGAAUUAACCUAGUCAUUCAAUAUAUAUGUUCGUUCAAUGCCCAUUCUCAUUUAAACUCGCACGCGCAGACCCAUUGAGUAUCCAAGGGAGGCGCGUAGACAUGCGCGUCAACUCAUUAUUAUGAGCUAAGAAGAAUGAUAAUUUAUUUUAUAAUUAAUAAUUGUAAAUUUUUAGUUAAUAAAACGUAUAGCUUGUAAUUUUCAUUUAAGUCUUCAAACGCGAAUUGUGAAUUAAUCAAAGAUUUUCGAGCCACAAGCAUCACACACACGCUCACAAUAAGUAAUAGUUAUAUAAUUGACAUAAAUAUUGAAAUUAAAGAAACAAAACAAAAUACCGAACGUUUAACACUUGUUCAAAAUAACGCGUAUCAAAUAUCCUGUACAAGAAUACUAUGUAGUUACAGUUUCAAAAGUUUA